CUCAGCCGGCCCAAGAAGAGCUGCGACAGGACUUUCAGCACCAUGCACGAACUGGUGACCCAUGUCACCAUGGAGCACGUCGGGGGUCCGGAGCAGAACAACCACAUCUGCUACUGGGACGAGUGUCCUCGGGAAGGCAAGUCCUUCAAGGCGAAAUACAAACUGGUGAACCACAUUCGGGUGCACACGGGGGAGAAGCCCUUCCCCUGCCCCUUUCCGGGCUGCGGCAAGAUCUUUGCCCGCUCCGAGAACCUCAAGAUUCACAAGCGGACGCACACAGGUGAGAAGCCCUUCAAGUGCGAGUUUGAGGGCUGCGACAGGCGCUUCGCCAACAGCAGCGACAGGAAGAAACACAUGCAUGUCCACACCUCGGACAAGCCCUACAUCUGCAAGGUGUGCGACAAAUCCUACACCCACCCCAGCUCUCUUAGGAAACACAUGAAG